AUGCCACCACGGCCCGGAACAGCUGUGGCCCUCGCGCUUCGAGUCGCCCGCCAAAGCGCUCCCAGCAGCAGUAUCAAGUCCACGUCGUCGACAUUUGUGCGCCAACCGAGCUUCCCACAAUGCCGCCAAUUCGGUAACUUGUUCAAGCCGCCGACGCCUGCGCGCAACGCCAGUCCCUCGACGACCCAGAGGACCCAUUGGCAGUACUUUUCGCAGACAGCCACUCUCGCACUCUCAGGCAGGCCCCUCCCGCAGCGACGAUCCGUAUUCCUCAACUUCGCCUACCGCACUGCUGCGGUCUUCGGUACUGGUGUUGGAUUCGUCGGAAUACUACUUGCCGCCUUCUUCGUUUACGACUCGACCACCUAUAAGGAAUCAAUCACCAUUGGCGACUGCCACGUAUCGGAAACCGCUUUGUCUCCUCCCCGUGGAGGGCCCAAGAACUUGCCCAUAGUUAGGGCACUUCUGGACGAUGACGACAGUGAACAGACCCGGAUGCGCAAAGACAAGCCAAGACUAGUCAUCUUGGGUGGUGGCUGGGGCAGUGUUGCCCUGUUGAAGCAACUCAACCCGGACGAUUACCACGUCACCGUCGUCAGUCCCGCGAACUACUUCUUGUUUACUCCCAUGCUUCCCUCUGCGACUGUUGGCACUCUGGAACUGCGAAGCCUGGUCGAGCCGAUACGCCGAAUCUUAUCCCGGGUUGGCGGCCAUUUCUUGCGAGCCAGUGCCGAAGACGUCGAUUUCUCUCAGAAACUAGUCGAGGUCUCGCAGACCGAUGCCAGCGGACAGGAGGCCAGGUUUUAUAUACCGUAUGACAAACUGGUCGUUGCCGUUGGUUCUGUGACAAAUCCUCAUGGCGUCAAAGGUCUCGAACACUGCCAUUUCCUGAAAGACAUCAAUGAUGCUCGAAAGAUCCGGAAUCAGGUCAUAUGGAACCUUGAACUCGCCAAUCUCCCGACUACAUCUGAUAGCGAGCGCAGACGGUUGUUGUCUUUCGUCGUCAGUGGCGGCGGCCCCACUGGAGUCGAGUUUGCUGCUGAGCUAUUCGAUCUACUGAACGAGGAUUUGACGAGGAGGUUUCCGCGACUUCUACGGAACGAGAUUUCGGUUCACAUCAUUCAGAGUCGCGGACAUAUCCUGAAUACAUAUGACGAGACGUUGUCUAAAUAUGCCGAAGAGCGAUUCGCUCGCGAUCAAGUCGUAAUCCUCACGAACUCACGGGUACAAGAAGUCACGGAAGAUAAGAUCAUUUUCUCACAGAAAGCUGAAGAUGGCUCGACGGUUACCAAGGAAAUCCCAAUGGGCUUCUGCCUCUGGUCUACAGGUGUAUCUCAAGCCCCAGUCUGCAAACGGAUUGCCGACAAGCUUGGUUCGACUCAAAACAACCGCCACGCCCUAGAAACCGAUACCCAUUUACGUCUCAACGGCACGCCACUGGGUGACGUCUAUGCCAUUGGUGAUUGCUCGACGGUACAAAACAAUGUCGCGGACCACAUCGUAUCGUUCCUUCGCGGCCUCGCGUUCAAACAUGGCAAGGACCCUGAGACACUCGAGCUCCAUUUCUAUGACUGGCGUGACGUCGCGGUCGAUGUCAAGAAGCGUUUCCCACAGGCCGUCAGCCAUCUGAAGCGCCUCGACAGGCUCUUUCACGAUUUCGACAAGGAUCAGUCCGGCACACUCAGCUUUGGCGAGCUUAGAGAGCUCCUGAAGCAAAUUGACAGCAAAUUGACAUCCCUCCCCGCCACAGCCCAGCGCGCCAAUCAGCAGGGUAUUUACCUCGCCAACAAGUUCAACAAGCUGGCGCACUGUGCUCCAGGCCUAAAGGCGAACGAUAUACGAGACGGCGACCUAGACGAGGCUUGCUACAAGGCCUUCGAGUACCACAACCUCGGCAGUCUGGCCUAUAUCGGCAACUCCGCCAUAUUCGAUCUAGGAAAUGGGUGGGGUUUCACUGGAGGACUAUGGGCCGUGUAUGCGUGGAGAAGCGUCUACUUUGCUCAGAGUGUAGGUGUAAGGACAAGAGUCCUGAUGGCGAUGGACUGGUUGAAGAGGGGUCUUUUCGGAAGAGAUUUGAUGAGCUUCUAG